GUCCGUCCGCAGCCGGCGGUGCGCUCACUGCUCAGCCCCUGCUCGGCCCGGCUCGCAGGUAGGAGCCACCGAGGGACGCGGCCCCGGGCCCCGCUCCACCCGCGCUCUCACCGCGUCCGGCUCCCGCCGCCGGCUUCGAGGAGCUUAGCCACAGCCUCUCUGGAUGACUCCUAUGCCACUUUGUGCACCUAACAGGGUUCACUCACAGCAACCAUGAGUGAGGCCUUUGAUUGUGCAAAAUGCAACGAAUCCCUGUAUGGCCGCAAGUACAUCCAGACAGACAGUGGUCCCUACUGCGUGCCCUGCUAUGACAACACCUUCGCCAACACCUGCGCAGAGUGCCAGGAGCUAAUCGGGCAUGACUCAAGGGAGCUGUUCUAUGAAGAUCGCCACUUCCAUGAGGGCUGCUUCCGCUGCUGCCGCUGCCAGCGUUCCCUAGCCGAUGAGCCCUUCACCUGCCAGGACAGCGAGCUGCUCUGCAAUGAUUGUUACUGCAGUGCCUUCUCCUCGCAGUGCUCUGCUUGUGGGGAGACUGUCAUGCCUGGGUCCCGGAAGCUGGAGUAUGGAGGCCAGACGUGGCAUGAGCACUGCUUCCUGUGCAGCGGCUGUGAACAGCCGUUGGGCUCCCGUUCCUUUGUGCCUGACAAGGGUGCUCACUACUGCGUGCCCUGCUAUGAGAACAAGUUUGCUCCUCGCUGUGCCCGCUGCAGCAAGACGCUGACACAGGGUGGUGUGACAUACCGUGACCAGCCCUGGCAUCGGGAAUGCCUGGUCUGCACAGGGUGCAAGACACCCCUAGCAGGGCAGCAGUUCACCUCCCGGGAAGAUGACCCCUACUGUGUGACCUGUUUUGGAGAACUCUUUGCACCCAAGUGUAGCAGCUGCAAGCGCCCCAUCACAGGUGGGACAGGACUUGGCGGGGGCAAGUAUGUGUCCUUUGAAGACCGACACUGGCACCACAGCUGCUUCUCCUGUGCCCGUUGCUCCACCUCCCUGGUGGGCCAAGGCUUUGUACCUGAUGGAGAUCAAGUGCUGUGCCAGGGCUGUAGCCAGGCAGCAGCCUAAGCCAGGGUCCCUGGGCCAGUAUCUCCCAAACCAGGGCUCCAGGACUAAGGCUCCAAUUCAAGACCACCUCUGGGACUCAGUCCCUCCGCAGUUUGGGGCUCCCCCUGGGCUCUGGGAUUCAGCCUCUCCACCCCCAAAGUCCCAAAACUGGUACUUCCUGACCCAGGGCAUCCAAACCUGGGAUCUUGCAGGGCUUGAAUGAUUCAAAUCUCCUCACCAAGCCUCCACUCCAGAACUGGAUCUUUUCCUUUAGAAUCUGAGUUCCCAAAUCAAGCCUUCUCCCCAGUUCAGGGCUCCAGAUCCCAGCCCUUCAAACCUGGGCUGUGAGACACAGGUCCCCUUCAACCUAUCUCCCAUGAGUGCCUGAGAAGUUCUCAAAAGUGGACUAUAUUCAGGCUAGCCCCUCCCCAUCCCAUCCCACCCAUUUCCCCAGAGCUGGGAGUGUGUAGACCCAUCAGGGGGUUCACUGGCAAGAGAGUCCUAAGAGGUAGCUUUUGUUCCGGCCUGUACCCGCCAAGUAUUUUCUCAUUUCAUUUUAGCUGCGUUUUACCCAGAGGGCUGAGGGGUGGAGAUCUGUUCACCCCCUUCCAGAAUCUGCAAUAAAGCAGUGAAAGGAA